AUGGGCAAAGUACGUUUGCCAUGUAUCAUCGGUGUUGCGGGUGGACCUGCAUCAGGGAAGUCUCUGGUGACAGAGAAAAUAAUGGAGCGCUUGGAAACGCUGAAUCAAGGCAGAAACAAACAGGUCAUCACUAUCCCAAUGGAGUCAUUCUACAAAGAACUAGAUGCUGAUGAGCGAGCGAAAGCUGCUGUCGGAGAGUAUGAUUUUGACCAUCCAUCUGCCUUCGACUUUGACAAACUAACUGAUACAAUAUCUCAGUUGGAGCUGGGUAAAGCAGUGACGAUCCCAAAGUAUGAUUUCCUGACCAGUACGAGAAAAGGGACAAUGCAUCUUGAGCCUGCCGACGUUAUAAUUGUGGAAGGAAUUCUCAUUUUCUAUGACGUUCGCCUAAGGAAUAAGUUUGCUAUGAAACUUUUCGUCGACGCUGAUGCAGACAUACGUCUUGCACGUCGAGUACGACGUGAUACUGUAGAACGAAAAAGACCACUUUCCAUUGUUCUUGCACAGUACACCAAGAAGGUGAAACCCGCAUUUGAGGAAUUCUGCUUGCCGACUAAGAAGUGGGCGGAUGUCAUAAUUCCGAGAGGUGGAGAAAAUGAUGUCGCAAUUGAUCUCCUUGUGCAGCAUAUUCAGGAUCUGCUUCGAACACCGCGUGGUAGUCCUGAGCGCACGAAGGCCAUUGAUGAAAUCGUUGAUGGAAAAUCCAAAGUAUACGGUCUUCACUAA